AUCGCAACGUGCUUUUUGCUCAACGAACGAGAGAAGCACAUCUCUUAGCUUUUGUGACAAGAAAAUAAGUGUUUCUGAAUAUUGUCAUGGCUAUCGACAAAUUUGGCGGAGAGGAAGAAGCUGCGAACGGCCGGCGAUAUAGCGGUGAUAAUGAGCUGAAACGAAUGAGUGAAGUCCUGAAGUUAAUAGAAAUGAACAAGAGAAACGAAUCCCAGAAUUCCUCGGAAACACAGAGCACGCGCUCGGAGCAGACGACAGAUACCUUGGCGCUGGAUGGCGGGUGGGGAUGGUUGGUGUGUCUGGGCAGCUUUGUCAUCAACUUCAUCCUUGAUGGGACCAUGUUCUCCUUUGGGGUAAUGUUGAUUACCCUUCUGGAGUAUUUUGGCGAGUCCAAAGCAAAGACAUCUUGGAUUGGUUCUGUCCUCCUUGGUUUAAGCAUGAUAUUAGGUCCGUUUGUUGGUUGGCUGUUGGAUAGGUUCUCCAUUCGGCAGGUGACCUUGUGUGGUGCCCUUGUGGCCGCAUUCGGCUUUAUCCUCAGCAUGUUCGCUCCCAGCGUGGAAGUCCUCAUAUUAACUUAUGGGGUUAUCGGAGGAAUUGGUUUUUGUAUGAUGUUUAUUCCCAGCAUUAUUGUGGUUGGUUUAUACUUCUGCCGCAAGAGGGCGCUUGCAACAGGGAUAGCCAUGAGCGGUUCCGGUGUGGGAACAUUUGUAUAUGCAUAUCUUUCCGAGGCUCUGCUAUCUGAAUACAAUUGGCGCGGGACAGUCCUAAUCAUGGCGGGAAUUCUUCUCAACUGUGUCGUCUGCGCUGCUCUUUUCAGGCCCCUAUCUAGCGAAGCAGUCAAGGGAAAGCAAAAUGCUCCAAAACGAACCAAAAUGUUCGAUUGUGUACAUUCCUUUGAUUCAAAGGAAUCUUCAAAUAGUGACCUAAACACUCAUUGUAAAGAUAUACAAGAAGGGAUGGUGAACCUCAGGAAUGGGUCUUUCUUAUUUAAUUCUACGUCAGUUCUAGAUAGGGAAACUCCUGCCUGUUAUUCAUUUAUAAAGAAUAGUUCCAACCAAGAAUCCAAACUUUCUUCAAGAAGAAUGUAUUCCAGUGCACAUGCUCUAAAUCGUCUGGACAAGCACCACGGAUUGUUUAGACAUGCAAACCCACUCGCUCGAAAAGACAUUUUUUACAGUGGGAGUAUCAAAAAUAUACCAAAAAGUUUCUCAAGCUCAGAAUCGGCCAACAGCAACCGAACCUUUGAACUGUCUGAAUUCGAAGUUGAAGUCAAAGAGGUCAAGGACGAUUCAAGAUGUGGCUGUCUACAGAAUCUUGGAGGGACAAUAGAACUAUCGCUUUUUAAGAACAGCAAGUUUGUUCUCCUUCUCCUCUGUAUGGUCCUUUGGACAGCGCAGUCCAUAACCUUGACAUUCUUACCUGACAUGGCAGUCGCCAAUGGGAUACCACGUGAUCAAAGUGCUAGCAUUAUAUCCAUUUGCGGAAUUACGAAUACGGUGGGACGGAUCUUUGCAGGCUUUCUUACUGACACAUUUCACGUCAGAAGCACCGUCAUCUACUUGGUUGCUCUUUCAGUAGCAGCUGUUGCUAACUUCCUGUUUCCUUGGUGCUAUAGCUACGCCACUAUCUCUGUUUGUGCUGCAGUGUUUGGAUUUUGUAUGGCCAGUAUCGUCUGCCUCCGUACCAUUGUGAUCGUGGAACAGUUGGGGAUCCGGAGACUUACCAGUGCCUUCAGUAUGAUUGCCUUCUUCCAAGGCAUUGCAUUCAUUCUCAACCCACCAGCCGCAGGUUUUCUGUAUGACUCCACGAGAUCUUAUUUGUAUCCGUUUAUACUGUCCGGAAGUAUGUACGUAGUUGCGGCCCUUUCCUGCGCUGUUGUGUUGCUCAAACAUUGUAUUUCACCGACUGAUACAGGGAAGGACAGUAUAUCUGUUGUGAUUGAAAGCGAGGGAACAUCCACAGACGAAUCUCUACUCAAUGUCUAAUUAGAAUACUAGUCUACUUUUAAUUAGAUCAAUGUUUGAUUUGUAUAUAAAGUGUAAUAUUUAUUGAAACGAAAGUUACUUGGUUAUUGUGAUGAACAAGUGUAUUAUUGAAAUAUAGUUUAUACAUUUUGAUGAUUGAUGUGUCCUUAGUGACGAAUUCUUGAUUUUGUCAUAUCUUUUAACUAAAAUUGUAUUUCUUUCUUGA